UAUGGAGAAACAAUCUUUCAACUUUUUCAGCAGAAAUUCUCUCUUUGCCCCAGAUAAGGAAGCAAGAAGAAGUAAAUUUGGCAACAAUGGCGGCGGAUUCCUGCUCACAUUGGUGGCACGCUCCCUUCUACGUCUCCCUCUCCAUUGCUCUGGCGUUCGUGGGCAUCUCCACCAGCAUCCACCACUCCAAUCACAGCCCUCAACCCGCACCACUUCUUCAUCACAGCCUCUCCAUCAACGCUUCCCUCGCUCUCCGCCACCGCGGCGGCUUCACGGUCUUCGCCGCCCUCCUCCAGAUCUCCCCGGACCUCUUCCUCUCUCCGCCGGAAUCCACCGUGUUCGCCGUCCCCGACUCCGCCUUCUCGAACCUCUCCCUCCCUUCUUGGGCCAUCAAGCACCUCCUCCUCUACCACACCUCCCCUUCCUCGCUUCCGUUCCGAUCAUUUCUCAAGAACUCUCCGGGCACCUGCCUUUCCACCCUUCUCCAUGACCGGACCGUUCAGAUCUCCAAGAUUGAUCAAGAAAACGGCCAUUUUGAGAUCAACAAUGUUUCUAUCACAUACCCAGAUCUAUUCCUCGGAAACCGCCUCGUCGUCCACGGAGUAGCCGGGUUCUUCUCGCCGGUGAACCUCAACCGGAGGGAUGAUAUCAUUCAGUCGCCGCCGGCGUGUGAAUCGGAGUUCCAAUGGUCAAGAAUCGUCCGGUCUCUGAGCUCUAACGGGUUCGUGUCAUUCGCGAUCGGACUCCACUCUGUUCUUGACACCAUCGCCGUGAAUAUGGGCUCCGUCACCGUCUUAGCGCCGCCGAGCCUGGGAUUCUUGGACUCGCCGUCGCCAUUGCUGGACAGAGUGGUGAAGCUUCAUUUACUGCCUCGGAUGUAUCGUUUUGAUGAACUGGCGUCUCUGCCAAAUGGGUCUGUUCUGAAGACUCUGUUUCCAGGUGCAGAGCUGAUGAUCAGUGUUGAUAAUGUUACCAAAAGCGUAACAGUUAAUGGAGUUGAGAUCACCGCACCAGAUGUUUUGAGAUCGGAACAUUUCACAGUCCAUGCCAUUUCUCGAGCUCUGGGAGUGUAUAGUCAUGAUUCUUGAUCAGAUUGUUUACUUCUGAAGCUGCUGCUGCUCUGUUUUUCUGUUUCUUUUUUUGCCAAUUGCACAGCAAAAAGCUUAUGGACUUGAAGUUUGAAAAUUUGGUAUUGGAACAAAAAAGUGAAAAACAUCUGAAUUUAGUUUUAAAAUGAUAGCACCGGUGAAAGAAGUCUUAGAUCAAAUACGAUUAACGACAAAAGC